AUGCAGGUUCUCCCAGCCUGCCACUCAGGACCAGCCAGCAAAGUGUAUGGCCCAGCAGAAUCUCAGGCAACGGUGUUUGGAGAUAUACGUCCCCUCCUCAUAUCCCUUUUGGAUGGGUACAAUGUGUGCAUUAUGGCAUAUGGACAGACCGGAAGUGGGAAAAGCUACACCAUGUUGGGGCCCCACUCAGAAGGUGACUCUGCACUGCUGUCAGAUGCUCGUGAAGACUUGGGGAUCAUCCCCAGAGCAGCUGAGGAACUCUUCAGGCUCAUUUCAGAAAACCCUUCAAGAAGUCCCAAGGUUGGUGUCUCCAUCGUGGAAAUUUAUAAUAACAACAUUUUUGACCUUCUGGCCAAAGACAGUUCUACAGCGAUGUCUGGGUCUAAGAGCCAGACGGUGACAAGCCAGGAGGGACGUUCAGAGGUACCCAAGCUGACCUGCAGGGCCGUCACCAGUGCUGUGGAGUUUGUGGGGCUCAUCCACAGAGGGAUACAGCUCAGAGUGCAGCACCCCACCCUGGUUCACAAGAACUCUUCCAGGUCUCACUUGAUUGUCACGGCAACUCUGACCACAGCUUCCUCCGUGGGCAGCACCGCCCCACAGUGCAGCCAGGCUUCCCUCCAGAAGAAAGCAGGAGCAGGUAACUGGUGGACUACCUCUCCCCGGGCUUCGUCUCUGCACACCGUUCCAGUGGACUCUGCAGACCGUUCUGGGCAGGUGCUGGCCAAGCUGCAGCUUGUGGACUUGGCCGGCAGUGAGUGUGCAGCAGUGUCUGGGGUGACCGGUGUGGCACUGAAGGAGACCUCCUUCAUCAACCGGAGUCUGGCUGCCCUCGCAGACGUCCUCAGAGCCCUGUCAGAGCACUGUGACCACAUCCCAUAUCGGAACAGCAAGCUCACCCACCUGCUCCAAGAUGCCAUCGGCGGUGAUGCAAAGUUACUGAUGAUUCUGUGUGUGUCCCCUGGGCAGAAGCACAUGGCAGAGACUCUGCGGGCCCUAAAAUUUGGGGCUGGAGCUCGGCAGGUUGAGCGACGACCAUCCAGAAGGAGACCUCCCAGCUCCCAGAUGCAGAAGCCAGGGUUGGGCCUGGCGGGGUCACCAACUCUUCUUUGAGAUGUGCUUCUUGUCAUUGCUUUAGGAUGUGCGUGCUUCAGAAAUAAACAGUGUUCUCUUG